UGAUACCGUAAGGUAGAUCAUGAUAAGCUUAACUUGACGACUUAUCGUUCAUGCGGGGCAUUGCGCUGGGACCCCUCCAAAACUUUUUCGGUUUUGAACGGGUUGAACCAUUUCCGAGUGUGCUGCAUACUGUAGACCACACUGCUGUAGGGAGCAUCGAGCAGCCAUGUUCCCCGACAGCCGGGGCGUGAGUUCCUUUUCAAUGGAGGAGAUUGUACAAAAUGUCCUCGAGCUCUGGCACGGACAUCGGAUUCCAACCAUUCUGGCUACCUUAUUCCUAUUGAGCUUGAUUCGCAUAUACCUGCAUUCGACAGAGAAAAGGCAGGGAUUGGUAGCUUUGCCAGAGACAUACGGAAAGGUUCUGCAGUAUAGGAGUGACAGCACCGACGAGAAAAUAAAGACAGAUAUCACGAGCCAGGAUCCCGAGACUUUACAUAGCUACGGGCCAGGAAACGAAAAGAAGGUGUCACAGCAAGGCCCCAAAAGGAUAAAGGGUGACAUCGGCAGGAAGGCGCGAAGCAGCACAGAAGCCGGAAAUGAGACGCGCAGGAUCCAGCUUUUGGUGUUUUACUCUUCCUUAACCGGGAGCACAGAGAAAAUCACUCAGACAUUCGCGCAGGAAUUGGCAGAUACCCUUGGAUGUUCAACCGAGAAACACCUGGGUUCCGCGUUCUCAGCACCACGAGUGCUCGAUUUGGCCGAGGUCGACUACGACGAAUACUUCAUUUCACCCCCCAAAGUCGAUGGCCAGCAAACGGACCUCUUUUACCUCUUCAUAAUCCCCAGUUACAAUAUCGACAGCAUAAAUGACAGCUUCCUGGAGCAUCUCCGGGAAACCCACCACGACUUCCGCAUUGAUACAUCUCCGCUGGCCCCAAUUUUGGGCUACUCAGUCUUUGGUUUCGGCGACAGGGAAGGAUGGCCGACCGAGGAGGAAGGGUUCUGCUUCCAGGCCAAGGAAGUCGACAAGUGGAUGGCCAAGCUGAGCGGACGGAAGCGUGCAUAUCCGCUAGGCAUGGGCGAUUGGAAGAGGGAUGGGAAAGAGAGGUUAUUGGAAUGGACGACUGGGCUAGCGGAUGUGCUCAAGCAGUUGCAGCAGACUGGACACCUAGGCGACGGCGUUCCCGGCUCGGGAGAUCCGCUUGAGAGUGAUGACGAAGGAGAGGCAGAAGACGACGGUGAAGUUCAGUGGGAGGAGGCCCCUAAUUCCAAGGGCGCAAAAAGGGGCUCCAACGGUAUCGAAGAUGUCGAGGAUCUGGGUCGGAUCAUGGAGUUAUCGCGAUCAGACGACACCUCCGCACGAAAAUCUGCGGCAUCGCUCGCUAUUGAUUUCACUACCGAGGGAAAGCAAGUCAAGAAGACUGUCACUGUCACCAUUAAGGAAAUGGUGCCAAAGAACUCACCCACAUACACGGCCCUGACCAAGCAGGGCUACUCGAUCGUCGGAUCCCAUUCAGGGGUUAAGAUUUGCCGCUGGACGAAAUCAGCCCUCCGUGGCCGAGGAUCCUGCUACAAAUUCUCCUUCUACGGCAUCAACUCCCACCAGUGCAUGGAGACAACCCCCUCGCUCUCCUGCUCAAACAAGUGCGUUUUCUGUUGGCGACACGGCACGAAUCCGGUAGGCACGACUUGGCGGUGGGUAGUCGAUCCGCCGCAACUGAUCUUCGACGGCGUGAAGGAAAACCACUACAAAAAGAUCAAAAUGAUGCGCGGCGUUCCCGGUGUCCGUGCCGAGCGUUUCGCCGAGGCAAUGCGCAUCCGGCACUGCGCUCUAUCACUGGUCGGCGAGCCCAUUUUCUACCCGCACAUCAAUGAGUUCCUGGGCAUGCUGCACGCCGAGCGCAUCUCAUCCUUCCUAGUCUGCAACGCCCAGCACCCGGAUCAACUCGCAGCGCUGCAGCAUGUGACCCAGUUGUACGUCAGCAUCGACGCUUCCAACCGCGAGUCGCUCCGCCGCAUCGACCGGCCGCUGCACCGUGACUUCUGGGAGCGCUUCCAGCGCUGUCUGGACAUCCUUCGCGAGCGCCGCUUCCGCCAGCGCACCGUGUUCCGUCUGACGCUGGUGAAGGGGUUCAACGUCGAGGACGAGGCCGAGGGCUAUGCGGAUCUGGUGGAGAAGGGCCUGCCGUGUUUCGUCGAAGUCAAGGGUGUCACCUAUUGCGGAACAUCCACAUCGAGCAACGCCGGGCUGACCAUGGCGAACGUGCCCUUCUACCAAGAGGUCUGCGACUUUGUCGUGGCAUUGGAGAAGGCGCUGCUGAAGCGGGGCCUCAAGUACGGCAUUGCUGCGGAGCAUGCGCACAGCUGCUGUAUCUUGCUCGCGAGUGAGCGCUUCAAGGUGGACGGGAAGUGGCAUACGCUGAUCGACUAUGACAAGUUCUUCCAGCUUCUGGAGGAGAAGGGACCCGAUGGGGAUUUCAGCCCGGAAGAUUACAUGGGUCCUCCAACUCCUGCAUGGGCGACUUGGGGCAACGGCGGGUUUGAUCCCCGAGAUCAAAGAGUGGAUAAGAAAGGGCGGCCCAUCGAAGCUACAUAGAUUGGUCAGGAGCAAUCCACAAGGCCGGAAGGGCAACAAUAUCUAUGUGAUCCGUGCGCCACCUUUGUUUGAUUCCUGCAAGUGCAAUGUUGUCAUUAAGCCGAGUCCCCGCCGAUCUCCGUGAUCCAUUCAUGUAUACAAAACAUCGUCUUACACUCGGCGCUCUCGUCCCUCCCGCCCGAGUCCUCGGAUGGCGGUGCUCUUCCGGAGGGUCAGCACCAGUGAGAGGGGACAACGUCGUAUAAUACAAUACAGCCAAAGGCCGCGGAACUUUACCUCGAGACCCUUCUGUGGUGUUUGAAACCGGAGUCUACCGAUCCUAUGAAGGGUGGGAUGAAACCC